GGAUUUCAACAGCAACCUGUGCCGGCGGUGCCCCGCAUGAAAGACGAGCGAAAGUGCGCGCGCUGUUCUGAGGACGUCGUCUUGGAAUACAAUUGUUGUUCAUCGUUGUAAAGUUUGAACACCACUCCGGCAAUCAGCAUCAUGAAGGUUGCCGCCGCUGUCCUCCUCCUGGCCGCUGUGGUCGCUGCUGUUCCACGGACUCGCCGCCAGGCGGCCCCCCUUCCCGACGGCAUCGAGCUGCUGCUUGGCCGCGCCCUCCAGUCGUCCUUCCAGUGCACGCGUGACGGCUACUACGCCGACGUGGAGACCAACUGCCAGGUGUUCCACGUGUGCCGCGGUGUGACCAAGGAGAACGGCAACGUCGAGUUCGAGCACCACGCCUUCGCCUGCGGUAACCAGACCGUCUUCAACCAGGCUUCCUUCACCUGCGCCUUCCUCGACGAGGCCAUCCCGUGCAACAGCGCCAAGGACUUCUUCUACCUCAACGAGCGCCUCUUCCAGGACAAGGACACCCCAAUCCUCGGAGACGACGACGCCCAGAAGGCCGCUGAAUUCUACCCGGCCCGCGCUGCCGCCGCCAAGGCCUAAGCAAUGGCAUGGGCGAAGGAAUGCGUGACGAAUGAAUGUGAGUGCGUGUACAGAGAACGUAUUAAAUAAGAUCGACCAGUA